UCUCCCGCGUGUGCGGCGUGCGGCUUAGCGCUGCCAGUUCUCUGUGCUCGUUUGUGCAUCGUUUUUCGUUUAGAUCUUUCGUGCCGUGGGUGUUCCGCAAUAGCUUGUAUUGCUCAAGUUCGUCGCCCGUCUACUUCGCCUUCAAAAUGAACAUCCGUUGCGCAAAGACGGAAGACCUGAUGAACAUGCAGCACUGCAAUUUGCUGUGUCUUCCAGAGAACUACCAGAUGAAAUACUACUUCUACCACGGCCUGUCGUGGCCACAGCUCUCGUAUGUGGCAGAGGACGAGAAGGGAAAGAUCGUCGGCUACGUGCUCGCCAAAAUGGAAGAAGACUCGGACGAAAACGACCCGCACGGCCACAUCACUUCUCUGGCUGUCAAGAGGUCGCACCGGCGCCUUGGGCUGGCUCAGAAACUGAUGGACCAGUCAUCUCGUGCCAUGGUCGAGUGCUUCAAUGCCAAGUAUGUGUCCCUACAUGUGCGAAAGAGCAAUCGAGCAGCCCUCCACCUCUACACCAACACCCUUGGGUUCAUGAUCAAUGAAAUUGAGCCGAAAUAUUACGCCGAUGGUGAAGAUGCGUAUGCAAUGAAGAGAGACCUCGUGAGCUUUGCAGCCCAGAACAAGCUAAGCCCCACCGAUCCCGUCAGCUUCUUCGACUCCAAGAGCAGCAAGAAGGAACGCGACAAAGAGCCCGACAGUGAGAAGCACUAGGACUUCAUCGUGCUGCGACAAAUGCCAAAUAAAUUGUGUGGGUUCCCGUGGCGUGUUGCCAAAGAA